UCCUCGUAUCGCACAUUAUCGAAUCGCUAUCAUCAGUUCCAACAAUGAUAAUGUCUAUCCGUCUAUCUUAUUAGUAAUCGUAAUAUUUAACGAACAGACGUGUUUCUAGAUUUCCAAAUACAAGUUAAAAUGGAUGUACAUGUUGUGGACAACGAAGGAGGCGGUAUCAACAUCGUCGACGGAGUGAAUGUAGCCGACGGUGGUUUCGGGGGGGUCAAUGUUGUGGACGGUGUGAAUGUGGCUGACGGUGGCUUCGGGGGGGUCAAUGUUGUGGACGGUGUGAAUGUGGCUGACGGUGGCUUCGGGGGCGUCAAUGUUGUGGACGGUGUAAAUGUGGCCGAUGGAGGCUUCGGCGGAGUCAAUGUUGUAGAGGGAGAUACAGGUCUAAACAUAGUGGACGGCGGAACUCACAUGCCUUUGGAUGGAGUGAACGUGGUGGAAGGAGACGGUGGCAUCAAUGUCGUAGAAUAAUGGUGGAUAAAACAGAAAUAUAAUUUUUAAGAAACUCAAUAUCGAUUAAGGACCUUGUUUUACAUGCAUGACGUGCCUGUCAUUGCCUGUAAAUAAAAUAAAUAAGAAAUAA